AUGGCUUGGGGUGAUGAUUUACCAUUAGUAUCAUGGGACAAGACAGACGACCCGACUGUUGUCUUGGAUCUCCCCUUCGAUACCACUCCUUCCACAACUCCUCAAGAGCAGCCGCAACUAGCAUCCCUGCCGGCUUCCCCUGACUGUGGUACUCUAUCGACUUGUUCUUCCAAUGAUGUGGCCUGUGGUAUGUCUUCUCCCCCCUUUAGUGCCCUCCCACCACUCAGUGAUCUAGAGGCUCUCAAUGGUCCCUUCGCUCAGCCUCUUGGUUUCUUAGGGUCCUCUACAGGCGUGGAUUGUACUCUCGCCGACUCUAUAGGGAAGUCAGCAGCAACAACCUCUCAAGAGCCAGGGCUUGAUGCCUUAAGUCGAAUAAUAGCAGCUCGAUGUGUCGACCCUCUUACUCUGCCUCGUGCAGCUGUUCAGGACUACGACCAGAUGCAGCAAGGGCCGGCUCCAAAGAGGGCCAGACUAGCGGAUACUGGUGCUGAUCUUAGCGUCAAUGGGCUUGCUACUCUCAGUGCUAGCACCAAUCUAAGCACACUAACGCGUCCAACUCCCUCGGACCGUGGUCAUGUCAGCCCUUAUAUGAUGCUCAACUCGCUUCGUAAGAAGGAGUAUGCUGCACCACCGGGUGUAUGGAAAAAUUCUGGUGGAUACAUUUCGACUGUUUAUGUCAAUAAGAGGCGUAUUUAUGGUCCUUUGCGAAAGACUCUGGCUGAGUCUGUGCGCGAUAGGGAGGAAAUGUUGAUAGCCAAGGAGAGACAUGCAUCAGAAGAAGAGAUCCGAGAGUUAGUUGCAGCACUCAAGGAGAUCAAUGGGGGAGGUUCACGUGGCUCUUCCAAGGGUCGAAGACAUCGUAAAACGCAGAAGACUGGUAAGACCACCAACAGCUGUAGUGUCACAAGUACAACCAGUGGAGGCAGUAGUGGUACCAGUGCGGGAGGUCUUUUCCCUACUAUUCCGGAACCGGAGGCUGGGCUGAGCGGAGCGGAGUUCCCGUCCUUAGCGGCUCGAUUUCAGAAUGAGAACUAUUUUGGUGGGUUUUCUCCCGACUCGAUUGGUUUCGGCCAAUACUAA